GCUCUGCCGCGGCUCUGACAUCCACAUGCUGCUCGGCCUGAAAAGGCGAGGGGGGAGCCGGAGGGGAGGCAGAGGAGGCGAGCGAGGCACCAGCCCGCAGCCCGCCCCCGGCACAUCCUCAGAAGCACAGACACUCGGCCGGCCGCUGGGCGAGGUGGAGGUGAGGGCGGGCGCCUGCGAACUCGGAGAGCCGCUCGCUCACUCACGGGCGAUCCCAGCCGCCGCCGCACCCGCAGCAGCACUAGCAGCACCGGCCGCCGCAGCUUCCUGCCUAGCACUCCCCCCGAGAGACUGGUCGAGCGGCUAUAGCUGCCCGGGGAGGCUCCCGCUAGGGGAACCCAGCGAGGACGAGAGCAGGGCGGGAGGCUUCCUACCACUCCGCCUGUCCAGCGGUCGGUGUCUCGUGCCCGUGUGUGUGCCCCGGGUGCCGGGGGACCUGUGUCAGUUUGCGCCUCUGAGAUCACACAGCUGCCUAAGAGCCGUGUGAUGCCCAGGGCAAUUCUUGGCUUUGAUUUUCAUUAUUAUUACUAUUAUUUUACGCUUGGCUUUCGGGAAACCCUCGUGAUGUUGUAGGAUAAAGGAAAUGACACUUUGAGGAACUGGAGAGAACAUACACGCGUUUGGGUUUGAAGAGGAAACCGGUCCCCGCUUCCCCAGCUUGCUCCUUCUUCGCUGAUUUCAGGAGCUACCUCCUAGUGAGGUGGGGAUUCCAGCAAGAAUAAAGGUGAAGACGGACGGGCCACCAGGACCCAGGAGGGGAAACGCUGACCCUUAGAAACCUUUGCAGAAGACACCACAAGGAAGAAAAUUAGAGAGAGGGAAAAAAAAAAAAACAAAGACAUAAUUAUACGAGCUCCCACAAACCUGGUGAAAGCCUCUCUGUCAAAAAUGGAUAUGUUUCCUCUUACCUGGGUUUUCUUAGCUCUGUACUUUUCAGGACACAAAGUGAGAAGCCAACAAGAUCCACCCUGCGGAGGUCGGCUGAAUUCCAAAGAUGCUGGUUACAUCACAUCCCCAGGUUACCCCCAGGACUAUCCCUCUCACCAGAACUGCGAGUGGGUUGUCUACGCCCCCGAGCCCAACCAGAAGAUUGUCCUCAACUUCAACCCUCACUUUGAAAUCGAGAAACAUGACUGCAAGUAUGACUUCAUUGAGAUUCGGGACGGGGACAGUGAGUCAGCUGACCUCCUGGGCAAACACUGUGGGAACAUCGCCCCGCCCACCAUCAUCUCCUCUGGCUCCGUGUUAUACAUCAAGUUCACUUCCGACUACGCCCGGCAGGGGGCAGGUUUCUCCCUCCGCUAUGAGAUCUUCAAAACAGGCUCUGAAGAUUGUUCCAAGAACUUCACAAGCCCCAAUGGGACCAUUGAGUCUCCAGGGUUUCCAGAGAAGUAUCCACACAAUCUGGACUGCACCUUCACCAUCCUGGCCAAACCCAGGAUGGAGAUCAUCCUGCAGUUCCUGACCUUUGACCUGGAGCAUGACCCUCUACAAGUUGGUGAAGGAGACUGCAAAUAUGACUGGCUAGACAUCUGGGAUGGCAUUCCACAUGUUGGUCCUCUGAUUGGCAAGUACUGUGGGACCAAAACGCCCUCCAAACUCCGCUCAUCCACAGGGAUCCUCUCCCUGACCUUUCACACGGACAUGGCAGUGGCCAAGGAUGGCUUCUCCGCGCGUUACUACUUGGUCCACCAAGAGCCUCCUGAGAACUUUCAGUGCAAUGUCCCCCUGGGAAUGGAGUCCGGCAGGAUUGCCAAUGAACAGAUCAGUGCCUCAUCCACCUUCUCUGAUGGGAGGUGGACUCCUCAGCAGAGCAGGCUCCAUGGCGACGACAAUGGCUGGACACCCAACUUGGAUUCCAACAAAGAGUAUCUCCAGGUGGACCUGCGCUUCCUAACUGUGCUCACAGCCAUCGCAACACAGGGAGCCAUUUCCAGGGAGACGCAGAGAGGUUACUAUGUCAAAUCGUACAAGCUGGAGGUCAGCACCAACGGUGAAGAUUGGAUGGUCCAUCGGCAUGGCAAAAACCACAAGAUAUUUCAAGCUAACAACGAUGCAACUGAGGUGGUGCUGAACAAGCUCCCUGUGCCACUGCUGACCAGGUUCAUCAGGAUCCGCCCGCAGACGUGGCACCUGGGCAUCGCCCUGCGACUGGAGCUCUUCGGCUGCCGGGUCACAGAUGCACCCUGCUCCAACAUGCUGGGCAUGCUCUCGGGCCUCAUUGCUGACACCCAGAUCUCUGCCUCCUCCACCCGAGAGUACCUCUGGAGUCCCAGUGCAGCCCGCCUGGUUAGCAGCCGCUCUGGCUGGUUCCCUCGGAACCCUCAAGCUCAGCCAGGAGAAGAGUGGCUUCAGGUGGACCUUGGGACACCCAAGACAGUGAAAGGUGUCAUCAUCCAGGGAGCCCGCGGAGGAGACAGCAUCACUGCCAUGGAAGCCAGGGCAUUUGUACGCAAGUUCAAAGUCUCCUACAGCCUAAAUGGCAAGGACUGGGAAUAUAUUCAGGACCCCAGGACUCAGCAACCAAAGCUGUUUGAAGGGAACAUGCACUAUGACACCCCCGACAUCCGGAGGUUCGAUCCAGUUCCCGCACAGUAUGUGCGGGUAUACCCAGAGAGGUGGUCACCAGCCGGAAUUGGGAUGAGACUGGAGGUCCUGGGCUGUGACUGGACAGACUCAAAGCCCACAGUGGAGACGCUGGGACCCACCGUAAAGAGUGAAGAGACCACCACCCCUUAUCCCAUGGAUGAGGAUACCACGGAGUGUGGAGAAAACUGCAGCUUUGAGGAUGACAAAGAGUUGCAACUCCCUUCAGGAUUCAACUGCAAUUUUGAUUUCCCUGAAGAGCCCUGUGGUUGGAUGUACGACCAUGCCAAGUGGCUCAGGAGCACCUGGAUCAGCAGUGCCAACCCCAAUGACCGAACGUUUCCAGAUGACAAGAACUUCUUGAAACUACAGAGCGACGGACGACGAGAGGGCCAGUAUGGGCGUCUCAUCAGCCCUCCAGUGCACCUGCCCCAAAGCCCUGUGUGCAUGGAGUUCCAGUACCAAGCCACAGGCGGCCACGGGGUGGCGCUGCAGGUGGUUCGGGAAGCCAGCCAGGAAAGCAAACUCCUCUGGGUCAUCCGUGAGGGCCAGGGCAGCGAGUGGAAGCAUGGACGCAUUAUCCUGCCCAGCUAUGACCUGGAGUAUCAGAUCGUGUUUGAGGGUGUCAUAGGGAAAGGACGAUCCGGAGAGAUCUCCAUCGAUGACAUUCGCAUAAGCACCGAUGUCCCACUGGAGAACUGCAUGGAACCCAUCUCAGCUUUUGCAGGUGAGGAUUUUAAAGGGGGCACUCUCCCGCCAGGGACCGAGCCCACAGUGGACACGGUGCCCGUGCAGCCCAUCCCAGCCUACUGGUAUUACGUUAUGGCGGCCGGGGGUGCAGUGCUGGUGCUGGUCUCCGUCGCGCUGGCCCUGGUGCUCCACUACCACCGCUUCCGCUAUGCGGCCAAGAAGACAGACCACUCCAUCACCUACAAAACCUCCCACUACACCAACGGGGCCCCUCUGGCGGUGGAGCCGACCCUAACCAUUAAACUAGAGCAAGAGCAGCAGCGGGGCUCGCACAGCUGAGGGCCGAAGCAGGAACAGCGGCCCCCCCCCCAAAAAAAAAAACAAGAAAGACUGAAAACACGUUGCCUCGAUUUUGCACUUUUUUUCUCCUUGCCUAGUCUCUUCGUGAACCCUCAGACAUCUCUCUCCAGGGUCUCCAACCCUGAGCGCUCUUAUCUACCCGACCCAUUCUCUGUGGUCCUUGGUUCCUGUUUCUUUCUGCUCUGAUA